CUAAAACUGUACAAUAACUACUUGAAUUCAACAACAACAACUCCAGCAUUUCCAUACGACUCUCUCGAAUAACUACCUUUCUGGAUAGCCUCAUUACCGCUCUCUUUACGCUCGAGUGCACUGCGCAUUCUCACAAUUAUGCCUAUCUACCCAUCCUCCAGUUCAGCCCGACUAGCCGACUCGUCAUAUCACUCUCCGUACUCGCGGAGCGGCGCCCCAAGUCCUCACCCCAACGGCGAUCCGUAUGUAUCUCUUCGCGGCCGUGCGCUCUCUACGCUCGAGGCCAUGGGCUUUGAUCCCAACACCAUGGUGGAGCAUGGCGUCCUCUGGGCCGAGCACCAGGACCCUUAUGGCCAUGUUAUGCAGGCCCAAUACAUGAGUUACUUAGGCGCCUGCUUCUGGCGCAUCAUGGAAAGCUAUGACGAGUUUCUGAGCAAAGAGGAAUGCGACGGCAUGAUUCAGGCCAAGACUGUUAUCCCGGUGGUGCGAAAGUAUGAGCUCGACAUUCGAAGACAGGUUAAGUACCCAGAUGCGGUCAUUGCCGCGUAUCGCCAAGAAAAGAUUGAGCCGUCACGAAACAGCGGAACGACUAUUCUUUACUCGUUGAAGCAGCAGACUAUCGUCGCUGAAGUCAAAGGGUCAACAACGUAUGUAGACGUUAGGACGGGCCGUCCGAUAGACAUUCGCACGCUUGGUGGUGGGUUCCCGGCCUUGUUUGAGGGCUUCACAAAAAAAGCCGAGCUUGCGAAGGCAUUAAAGGAGAAAUGGGAAAGCGAGCACCCCAAACCUCCAAAACGCAAAGAUUCCAAUAUUUGAGCUGGACCUGAUGGUGUAGUCGAAGCCACUCUUAUCGCCUAGGGCCUCGAUCAAUUAUUUGGUGAAGUACAAUUCUCGCAAUGGUAAUUGUAUGUUAGAAAAGAACAUCUACUCAUUU